CCUCUCCCACCUCCUCCCUCCUGUGAAUUGGGAGGGGGAGACUGAGCAGCCCAGCGGCCCCAGGGGGGAGCCAGGAGUUCGAGGAGGAGCAGUCCAGGGCCAGGUCCGUCUGUCUGACCCAGGGCCCAGCUCCAGGCGGGCUCAGUGAUGUCAUAGCCAGGCCAGGGGUGGGGGCAGAGAACAACUCUGUCUUAACUUGUUUUUCAAGGGGAGAGAGAGACAAAGAGACAGAGAGACACCGAGAGAAGGAGAAACGGAGAGAGACCAAGAGACGGGGAGAUCGGCAGAGACAGAGAUAGGGCGCCAGGGCCAGAGCCAGGCAGAGACAGCUGGGAGUGAGGAGGAGCCCCAGCCAGGCCAGGCCAGGCAGGGGCUGAGCCGACAUGGAAGAGUUAUCCAGGAAAGUUCUCCUCUGGUAUCUCUUGCUCCUGCAGGGCAGCAGCGUCCACUUGUUCUCAGCCCCGCCCCCAGGCUCAGGGGCCAGCACGGUGGUGUCGGAAGCCACCCUGAGCCAGCCUGCCGGAGCCCGGGCUCUGCUUCGCUGCCAAAGCCCCCGCAUGGUGUGGACUCAGGACCGGCUACAUGACCGGCAGCGAGUGGUCCACUGGGACCUGAGUGGCGGCCCCGGAGGCCCCGCACGUCGACUCCUGGACAUGUAUUCCGCUGGGGAGCAGCGUGUCUACGCGGCCAGGGACCGGAACCGUCUUCUCCUGGCUCCCACAGCCUUCCAGGAUGGCAAUUUCUCUCUGAUCAUCCGCUCUGUGGAGGGGCAGGAUGAAGGCUUGUACACCUGUAAUCUUCACCAUCAUUAUUGCCAUCUCUAUGAGACACUGGCCAUUCGUCUGCAGGUCACUGACGACCCCCUGGAAGCUGGUGCCCACUGGGAUGGUGAGAAGGAGGUUCUAGUGGUAGAGAGGGGCUCCCCAGCACUGCUGACCUGUGUGAACAGAGACCAGGUGUGGACUGAACGGCACCUGGAGGAAGAGCAGCAGGUGGUGCACUGGGAUCGCCAGCCUCCGGGUGUCCCUCACGACCGUGCUGACCGCCUGCUGGACCUGUAUGCUUCAGGUGAACGGCGAGCCUAUGGUCCCCCCUUUCUGCACAGCCGAAUGGAGGUCAGCACAGAUGCCUUUGCCCGGGGGGACUUCUCCCUGAGCAUUGAACCCUUGGAGCCGGCAGAUGAGGGCACCUACUCCUGUCACCUGCAUCAUCACUACUGUGGACUUCAUGAGCGACGCAUCUUCCACCUGGCUGUCUCAGAACCCUCACCUGCACCACGAGGCCCUCCCCCCAUGCCUGAGGACACCCCCAGCAACCGGACCAGCCAGAGCCGAAGCCCCUCCCCUGCUGAUCCCCCGGUGGUCCAAGGCCACAACGUCAUCAAUGUUAUCAUCCCUGAAAGCCGGGCCCACUUCUUCCAGCAGCUGGGUUACGUGCUUGCCACCUUGCUGCUCUUCAUCCUCCUCCUCAUCACGGUGGUCCUUGCCACCCGCCAUCGGCGGCAGAGAGGUUAUGCAUACGAUGUGAAGAAUUCAGGCAGGAAAGAUGUGAAUCUGAAGGAAUUUUCAGUGGAUUCAGCCGACUUGUCUCAGCUUAGGAGCGAGGACAUCAGGCUGGAUUAUAAAAACAACAUCCUGAAGGAGCAAGUGGAGCUGGCCUUGGGGGUCCCAGCUAAGAAUAUUGACUUGGACAGAGGUGAGAGACCUUGUUCCGGAAGGAAUAUUGUAAAUGAAGGAUCCUGGCAUCAGCCCCAUCCUCAAAAGACAGCCCUCCCCCAACCAGCCCCUGUUGCCCCUGUUCCCAUCAUGACCUCCUCCCACUCACCCAGGACUUCCAUCUGGUCUGGCCUCCCCCUGCGGCAGGUCCCGCUCUCUUUGGGGUUUGAUUGGAUCUUGGCCACCAGGAUGGGGUGAGUUUUGGGGGGAGAAGCCCCAUUUCUACCCAACUAUCCAUUUCCCACCCGUCUCUCAAGCACAGAGGCCCAGGGCUGGACCCUCCCUCUGUGCCCAAGGUUAAAACCUCCCCUGCCCCCUGGGAGCUCUCAGAGUUGUGUCUCCUCUGCCCCUGUCCUCAGCUCCCCCUUCCCCUAAUGGACCAAGGCACAAAGGACACACCCCAGCUGGUACCCUGUGAGUUGGUACAGGGGGCGGUUUCCUAUGUCCCUCUUCUUGACAAGCUGAAAAUCAAGGCUGGGCCUCCCGAACCACUCCCUACGCAUUUCAAACUACUUCCUGCACCCCUGCCAGCAGCCUGUGCCAGGCCAUAUCGUGCCAGCUCUAGACUUGGCGCUGGCUGCUGGAACAAGACUCGGUGCUCUCCAGCCUUUGGAUCUCUCUGCCCCGCUGUACCCCGACCCCCAAACUGGAAUUCUUUCCUCCUCCCCUCCUGGGGCUGUACACGAAUCCUCAUUUCUGUGUCUUUGGCUGUGGUCACCCUAUAUGGCUGGAGAUGGAAGAAGACAGAGCUGCCCUGCCAAGUGGAACUGAGUUCCAUAGGAAUCCUCUGGAAAAACUUUUCAUUGACAAAACUCCUAGGGAGUUGACUUAAGAAGAAGGUUAGGGGAUAGGAAAGAAGGAAGGAGCUAAAUGGAUGCCUAGGGUCAUACAGAGGGAAGGAAGGAAGUGAUAAGGGGGAGAAACUCAGUUUUCAUUUUCCUGGUUUGGAAAUUUCUACUGAUUUGUUUUGGAAACUGUUCGUUGGCAAGGGGUCCCUCGGGGGGGGGGGCUCCCAGCUGGUGGAGAGGGUAAUGGCUGAGUGGGGACACUCACAAGCUGCUGCAGGGUUCUCCCCGGGCAGGAGAGAAACCGGGAGGGACUGAUCAGGGCUUACUAGGGGUAACCGGGCAGUAGAAACUUCUCUCAGCUCUUCUAUCAAAGAUGCCAUUCCUUGUAACCUAGACAGGGUGGAAUGGUCCAGGUACGGGCAGACUGGGGGGUUGUGGGGGGGCAUCCUCCUCCCCCAGUUCCCCUUGUCACAGCCCAAGAAACCCCUCAGCAACCCAAUGUAGGCAACUCUCAAUUAUCUGACUGUGCUUUAUACGCUUUGUGGGCUAUUGGUGGCAAAACGAAUCUCCAACUCUCCUUUCCCUCAUGUCCAGUAUCAGUCAGUGGGGACUAUGGACAGGCUGAUUCCCUGUGGGACAAGCCUGUGUCAGGCAGGAAUGAAGCACGUUGUAAUUUAUUCCACAUAGGCAGAUUAUAUGAUCGCUGAUGCCUGGCCGGCUGUACUCUCUUACUGGUAUCUGUAUUUUUCUGUCAUUACUCGGUCUUUGGGAGUCUUCUGUGUCAUCCCUAACUCCAUUUGGAAUGAUCAGUCAUAGAUUGACACUCCUUUGUUCCAAAGCCCCAGUCACUGGUGGCUGGGAGAGAUGGCCAGGUAGGAGGGACACACAGGAAGGUGUCAAGAGGACUCAGAAUUGAUAAGUGGCUGGCCCCCUCCCCCUUAGCUCUUUCUCUCUAGUCCUCAGAGCUGUGGAACUGUGCCUGGGAUUCAAAGUGAAUUGGACAACUCUUGGGCUGUCCUCUUUUUGCCAAUCAACAAACAAUUAUGAAGCACCUACUAUGUGCCACACACUAUGGGGAUAGUAUACAAAAGUCCCUUUAUUAGUCUGUGAGCUCCUUGAGAGCAAGGACUGUCUUUUGCACUUAGUACAGUACUGGGCACGUAGUAGGAACUUAGGUGUUUAUUGACUUCCUGCCUUCAAGGAGCUGACAUUCUAAGGGAAGAUAUAAGUAUGUAUAUGGGUAUAUACAGGACAUAUACAAACCAGAGACAUGGUAACCUUGGAGAGGAGUCCCUAGCCACCCUUGGAGACCAGGGAAAUGCCUCCUGCUUAAGCUGAGUCUUGAAGCAAAUCAGGAAGCCCCCACCCCCAUCUCUAACAUCUUCUUUCUCCAUCCUCCACGGCCCAUCAUCUCCUCUACCCCACCAAUCACCAUCUUCAGUUCCCAGUUGGAAUUCUUGCCAGGUGUUGUUGGGGAAUGGAGGGGGGUGUCUUGUGGUUGGCUUCCACUCCUGACUGUGCCCAGGACGGUAGAGGUAGGGAUGGAUUUCCCUUGGCCCAUCAGCCCUGGUGCUGCCUUGAACCAUGUUAUACUUCUUGAAUUGGACUCUACCGACCCCACAGUCAUUCUCUCAUUCUUCCAAUAUAUCCUCCUGUAUGUUUUUCAUCUACAUCCUAACAAUGGAGACAAUAAAGGCCAAAGGUA